AUGUGGUCUACAGCAAGUUCACUAUUGUUGGUCCUGCUAUGUCUUGGUGUUCACGAGGCUAAGAGUGAGGUUCCGAAGCGGUUAACUUGUGAACCGGAAACAUGUGUGUUUCGCGAUCUGCACUUCAACACCCCCGAAGAGAUGACCGGUUUGGUUAUAGAGUACGACAGCGAUUACUAUAAUACUGUACAAAUCGAAGAUUCGACCAUUCCAAUAAUCUCACGAGCCUUUGUAACGGAGGAUGUUCAAGUGCUCAACAUUACCAAGUGUGAUCUGUACGACAUCCUGCCCAACACAUUUCGAAAAUCAGUUGAACUGAAACAACUUUACCUCGACGGCAAUCGCCUGCAGAAGCUCUACCAUGGUGUUUUUCACGGUGCAAGGAAAUUGGAAGAAAUCGAAAUCACCAAUAAUCAACUCAAAACCAUCGAUCUGGAAGCUUUUCUUGGUUUAACGAAAUUGAAGAAGCUGGAUUUCAGCGGAAACCAGAUAUCGACACUUCCGAGCGAUAUUUUUGUGAACAUUAAAACACUUACUUCGCUAAAGUUCAACGACAACCUGCUGCAGCAGCUGGAUGGUGAGAUGUUUGCUGAUUUGAACGAGCUUGAAGAACUCGAUUUUGAGAGUAAUUUACUUCGCACGCUAGCCGCAGAUACGUUCGAAGGACUCAACAAUCUCAAUCGGUUAAUUCUGAAAAACAAUUUGAUUGAAUCCAUUGAUGCACAUGCCUUCGCUCCACUCGCCAAGCUCACCGUUUUGGAUUUAAGUGCAAAUAGCUUCACGACAAUCACGAGAGAUCUUUUCCAUCCACUCACCAAAUUAAAAGAAUUACAGCUGGAAGACAACUAUAUCAAUCAGUUGGAAGAGAAUGUGUUUGAGAGAAAUACUGAUCUAGAAAGGCUAGACCUGAACAACAAUCUUAUUCCUGAACUCAAACCAGCCUUACUCUCCAAUUUAACGCAACUGAAAUACUUCUUUGCUUCAAAAAAUCUUCUCCGGACGAUCGACGUAAAUCUGUUCCGGCACAAUACUAUCAUGGAAAUAAUUUGGCUCGAUGGUAACUUGCUGGAGAGCAUUCAACCAGGCACAUUUGAUUCACUCGGUCUGCUGGAGGUGCUUUACCUUGAGAAAAAUCAGCUUACUUCUCUGGAUGGCGGGUUAUUCAUCAAUCUGAGUGAACUGAAAGAGCUUAAUGUGGAUGAAAAUCGACUCCAGCAGCUUAAAGCUGGUGUACUAAAGGGCGCAUCGAAGCUCGAGAAACUUACCAUUAACAGUAACGCUAUAAAAGAAAUUGAAGAGCAUUUCCUGGACGACACGCCACGGUUGGAGACAUUUUCAAUCGACGAUAAUUACGUAACCAUUGUCCCGGUGGGGUUAUUCAGAAACCAAACGAAAUUGUCAGAAAUCAUCCUGUCGAACAAUCAUAUAAAGGAUUUGACUCCUGGAACGUUCGAUAAGCUAUUCGAUAGUGCUACAGUGCUCAAUCUCACCGGAAACCUUCUGAACGCAAUUGAUGUAUCCGUUUUUAAUAUAAGUAAUCUACAAACCUUGGAUUUGGGAGAAAACUUCAUACAAGAAUUGAAAGCAACAGCAUUUGAAGGUCUACCAAACCUCACCGAACUACACAUUAAUGAAAAUUUAGUGAACCACAUCCCGGAAGGCAUCAACAAGGUUACUAACUUAUCUAAUCUUAUGCUCAGAGGUAACUACAUCACAAAGGUCACCGAAGGUCAGUUAAGUCAGAUGAAGAAACUUGAAUAUUUGAGUCUGUACAACAAUGUGAUACAAUCGAUCGAGAACGGUUCCUUCCGAGGGCUAGAUGCUUUGCUGUGGUUAUCGCUCGGUAAAAAUGAACUUUCUAAUCUACCCAAUGGCGUGUUCGCUGAUGUGACCAAUCUUCAGAGCCUCUAUAUGGAUGAAACGAACAUCUCAUUUUCAACCGAUGCAUAUUUUCAGUCGUUGAAAGCUCUGGAAACCUUGGGCUUGGAUGAUAAUAUUCUAUCGAUAGUUGGAAUCGAUUUCUUGUCGGGACUGUCCAAGCUUAAAGUGAUUUCCCUGAUAAAUACAAAAGGAGUUUUCAACGGAAGCCAUUUCAAAUCGCUACAAAGUUUGGAAACUUUUUAUUUGGGAAAUAGCAGCACAACCACCAUCAGUGAAGACUUCUUUGCUGGAACAUCGAAUCUAAAAUUGAUUCAUUUAACAGAUAGUCCUUUGACUUCGAUUAGCUCUAAGGCAUUCAGUGGUCUUAAGAACCUGACAGAGCUCUACAUCGGCCCAUACAGUGGAGAGCUGAAGGACAUCGUCUCAAACAACACGCAGCUGACAAAACUAGGGCUCAUAGAAAUGAACUUUACCACCCUCUCCGAUCACUUCUUCACGGCGACCAGAAAGCUUGAGACGCUAGCGAUCACAAACAAUCCCAAUCUGUCGCAAUUGAAAUCAACGUGGUUCAAACACUUGCAUUACUUGAACUUUUUGGAUUUAACAAACAACAACAUUUCGUAUAUAAAACCAGAAAUCUUCGAAAACUCGCCUUUGCUCGCAAGUGUGUAUCUGAUGGGCAACCCGUUAAAAACGUUGUAUAAAGGAAUGUUCCAAAGUGUGCCUUUAUUGACAACUUUAGACUUAGAUAAUACAACACUAUCGGAACUCCCAGUAGGCACAUUCGAUGGGUUGUUUAAGCUCGAAAAGCUUUUCCUGUCCGAUAAUAACCUGUCUCACCUAGCGAACGGAACGUUCCGUCAGUUGCAUACUCUAUCCUUCCUAGGUCUUAGCAACAAUUCGAUCGAGCAGCUGAAUCCGUUCCUGUUUGUGGAUACUCUACACCUGCAAAGCAUUGAUUUGUCCUAUAAUAAGCUGUCAAGCAUUGACGAUCGUCUUUUCGCUCAUCAGCUGGGACUUGAAGAGCUAACUCUCUCCAACAAUUUCUUCGUCACCUUUAACCUGCCACAAAUGGGUUUUGCUCGAACGUUGACAACUCUGUCAAUUGAAUCGAACAUGCUUACGGCACUGACGAUAACGCCAUACUUGGAAGAGCUGAAUGCCGACAAUAAUCACAUAACGACGAUCGAGGUAGUCAACUCGCCUUACUACAAGCUAACAACGCUGUCGGUAGAGAACAACAAUUUUGACAGCAUUUCACCGGCAUAUCCGUUCUACAACCUGCAAGAACUUUCAAUCGCCCAAAACGCCAUCCCGGGAAUUCAUCUGCCGACGAUCGUCAGCAGAUUUCCUAGGUUGGAAUCGCUGAAUGUUUCCCUGUCGGGUGUUGCAACGCUUGGAUCUGCAAGUGAAGUGAAGCAAACUCGUCUAAAGGUGUUGGACCUAUCGAACAACACACUCACCGCAGAAGAGCUUGAGAAAGUGAAAAAUUUGCCGAGACUGGAUACAUUUGCCGUCGGAGGGAAUCAGUUUGACAAUUUUGCAGCCGAUGUGGUGCUGAACAAUCUUCCGAAGCUGAGAACUCUUGACCUGACCGACUCCGAGUUGAGCUGCGGAUUUACCAAGUACAUCGAAGAGAUAGCGAAGGAGCUUCACUUUACAGUGGAAACAUUCUCUGGCACUGACCAGUGGGAGACAAAGUGCAGAGAGGCGGAAGAAAACUCCACAGAAACGAAAUGA